AUGGCCACCGCAUUGGCACAGGGCGAGCGCGCUGCGGCCGCGAUCCAGUCCAGCAAUAGAAGGAGAGGGUGGGUCAUUGCCAGCGAGGACGGCACCAAAGUCCACAGACCUUCCAGCUUCGAUGCCCGCAAGAGUGCUGCUGCCUGGAACAGAGGCAAAGGCCCUUCCAAGGCGUCAAUACCUUCCCGGGCUUCGUCGUUGGCUUCGUCUCCCGCCCCGUCUCCCGCACCAUCCCCUGCUCUGCCAAGUGAGCCGGUUAAGUCGCUCGUCGCGGACAAACCUUCCACUACCAUCGAGGUUGUACCAGACGCAGAAGCGACGCCAAGCCAGCCCCUGCCGCCACCACGCGAUCCGUCUUCGAGCAUGACCCACAGCAGAGACGCUUCGUCAAGUACGACGACCGAGGCCGAAUCCAGCCACGGUCGACGCAGACCCUCCCCGCCGCUGCUCGUGCCGCCCAAACAGACGUUCCGAAAGGUGCCAUCCACCAAAGUCCUGCCGCCUUCGGCGCUCAGCGAUCACCAAAAAUUCAUGUCAGCUGCGAGCAGGAGUUCAGCAUCCGCAUCUUCCAGCGUCGCUUCCUCAUCCGCCGCUGGUCCGUCUGGCCUACGGUCGCCGUUUGUGAAUGCUGCACUACGUAGCGAUUUGGCCAAGUUGGCCGCACGUCGACGCGCGAAUAGCUCUUCUUCCUCGAGCGCUACCACAAACUCUUCUACAGACACUGUUGUUCAGUCAGCGACAACGUCAGCGACAACCUCGGCCACAACAACAUCGGCCGCGUCUUCAGCACCAUUCAAGAGCCAGGAUAAGGGCAAGGGCAAGCAGGUGGGGCAAAGCCCGUUGCAGACGGAUGCGGAAGGGUUCUUUAGCUCUGGUGGGAAGGUCAAGCAGUUGGUCAACACGUACGACAGCGGACACGGUCGGCAGUGGAGCGGCGACAAGCAGUCCGCCGUGUCGUCGCAGCAAAGACACUUCGAUCGUAGUCAACCUAGACUAUUGCACAUCUCCUUGACAAACCCACUCCCCCCUUUGAGUGAGAAAUCGGCCAACUCGGAUCUCGACGACGUGCUUUCUUCGGCAUCCGACCUUCCAUCCGAUAACGAAGGAGCCGCCCGGCCCACCAAACGACGCGAAAGCCUGCAGAUCGAACUGCCACCUCCACCUCCGCAGUUCAAGGAUCGAUACCCGGCGAUCCUUGUCGAUUCGACGCAUGCCAGCGACUCGGAGGCGAGUGGAACCAGCAAUGCGGGUGUUCGUCGCAGACGUCGAAGAAGUACCGCGUCCGCGAGCAACAAGCUCAGUGUGGAUGGAGACGAUGACGACGACGACGACUACGCUGACGACGAUUCCAGCUGGCCUUCAACGCCCUCGACUACGCCGCUGGAGAUGUACUUUACCGCGGCUGACGCGAAUGCUGCUGCCGUCACCGCUGACGACACCGAGGCUGACAGGCCGAGAGCAGCAAGGAGGACCUUGCAGACUACCAAGGAGAUCAUCACGCCCGUUCCGGAUGCGCUUGGGAUGGGAAGGCCCAUGGUCGUGGUGACUAGCCCGAGUACGGUCAGCGAGGUUUCAUCGGAUCGCCGCUCCAGUUCCGGCUCUGGUUCGACGUCGGAUCGAACCUACGCUUCGUCUCCUCCUGCUGUGGGCAAUAUCGCCCCUGCACCGGCGCUGUCCAAGAUCGAAGAGCAUCCGCCGCCUGUCACGCCCGAGGCGGAGGCGAACGUAACUCCAGCAUCGAAGACAUCCUUGUCGUUCGAGGUGCCGGACGUGCCGCGAUCUCGUGCAUCGCAGGAGAGUCUAGCGACCGCUGCGGCUCCUGUUCGCUCGCCUUCGCGCACCAGAGCUUUCCUGUCCAAGAUCAGCCCCAACAGACCGGCGAAUCGCAGCACCGUCGACUUGGUCUCUACAGCACAGUCGCCCGUCACGUCGCCCGAGGUAGCCAAGAGAAUGUCACUCGAUAACCAGCGACGCACAUCUGCUGAACAGCGUCGAUCUAUCGAGCUCCGACCUAUUUUGCUGAAUGCAGCAUCGCGCCCGCCACCGCGACCUACCGCCACGGAUCUUGCCAAUGCAAGUUCAGACUCUUCACACUCUACGACAAGCGCUCAACUGACGCAGCAGCAGCAAGAAAAACAACAACGGCGCCGCUCGUCUGGUCGCGUCGCGAUCCGGCCUAAUGUGGUCCCGUACCAUUCCCGUCGCGGAUCCGAGGUUUCUGUCGGCUCUUCCACCGAGUCGCAUAGGCUGCACGACCGCGGCUCUUUUGACAAAGACACUUUUGAUCCACGAUAUAGCCCCUCAUCGCAGGUGACGACGCUCACGAUGCCGUCGCCGGCGCUGAGCACGACGCAAAAGCAAUUCCCGUCGCAGCAGGCUCGCGCUAUACGUGCACCUGUUGAGGUCGAUGCGCGUCGCUCGUCGACGGCCAAUACGCCGAAGGAUCGGUUCGCCGCGUCGAUGCCCUCUUUACACGAACCGAGCCGCGGUGCUCAAUCUGCAGCGCGUCGUUCAGGCUCGCAAGAGGAGGCAGAGAGCCGGCCGUCAGCUAUACGCCUGCUGGUGGACUCGCAGAAGGGCAGGAUGACGAGGGACAACGAUUCGAUCGCAGAAUGGAUCUCGGUAUCGGUCAACGAUCUGCCUCUACCGGAUGUCACGCAUGCGUACGGCAAUGGGGGGGCUGGCGACUUCUCGAACGAAACCCAGCAGCACGGAAAGAAGGCCCAGAAGAACAAGCCGUGGAAGCUGGGGCGAUUUGCCGCGUCUGAAGUGGUUCUACCGGCCAAGGACCAGAAACGACGAUCGAUGGCGCUGGUCAAACGCGCAUCUUCGUCGCAGGUGAAUGAAGCGGGGCGCCAGAGCAACGAAUCGAUGCCGUCGCCGCAGAAGGGGCCGUUCAUGCGCAACCUCGGCUUUACCACUGCGAACCGCAACGCGGUGCUGCAAAACCUGUGCGCGGAACGAUCCAUCAUGGCGCUUGGGGCGAGCACGGUGUAUAUUGCCGGUAGUGGGCGCAUCAGCGUUCCGCAGCCAAGCGCAUGGGCGGAGAUCAAGGCGAAGACGAAGCAACAGGGCAAGAAGGACAAGAAAACGAGCCAGAGCUCGAACAAACAGGUGGUAGCGCCCGUCGUUGAGGCAAACAGCAAUCCACUGCCCGUGUCGCACCACGCAGAGCCCUCGCAGAAUGCGUACCUCAACGUGACCGAGGACCGACAUACGGGCUACGACCUGAGCGGCACGGCUGUGGGCACAGUCAAGUCAAUGGUGCCUGAGAUGGGAGACUGGUCUGGCUCCUCAGGCUUGGAUCGUGGCGCUAGCGAGGAAGCGAUGCAAGCGCAGCCGUUCAGGGACUACGAGGACGAGGGGUCUGAUCUGUUCGAUUCAGAGAGGUCCGAGUCCGACGAGUCGGAGGACGAGAUGGACUACGAUGACCAGGAGGAAGAGGUGGAGGUGCCUGUUCGUUUUGGUCAGCGUGUGAACCUGGCUCAGCGGUACUCCUCGCAGGUGCAGGCACAGUCCGGCACAGACGCGCCAAGGUCAAGCGGUGCGGCAUCAAACGAAAACGCGUCGGCGAGCCAGGUGAGGCAAUCAGUGAGUCUGGAAAGAUUUACACCUGGCACGGUGAUGUUGCACAAGAACGAGUUGCGGAUCUGUGUGGAAGAGGAGGAGGUUACUGGCCGCGCCGCGCGUCCGUGGGCCUACUGGAAGGCAGUGGAGGUACAACAGCCCAAGUCGCAGCCAGAGGAGAUCGCGGAGCACCAUAUGCGUCGUCAGCUUUCGAGUAAGGCCAUGAAGCUGGAGCAGGAAGUGGCUACGGGCAUUUUUGCUGCGUUUGUGGGCAAUCGCAGUCCACGACGACAGGCUCAGCGAUCGAGCUUCGAUGCAGGACCCAACCCGGCAACGUCGAGCAAGGUGAUUUCAAAGGAGCUGGUCAUAUCCAAGGUGAACAAGAGCAUGUUUUCCGUGCGAAGCGAAACACGCUCGACGAGUCAAGGGACGGAGAAGGUGGUGGAGAUUCUGCGUCGUCAUGGUGGACGUGGAAGUAGCCAUACGGCGCAAGAAUCGACGGGAUUGUCGCGCGCUUCGGCGCCUUCAGACAAGGUUGAGCGAGCUUUCCCAUCGCCGCUGCUCUCCAACGGGGAUUUUGCGCACAACAGGACGCGAUCGAAUCGCUCGGAUGCUUCGCAGUCGACAAUGGAGGACGCUGUGGAGCGAAUCACGAUGCGCAUCGAGCAGUAUGGUGGGCGAGGGGUCGCGGCUAGCUUCACUACGCGCGAUGGACAACACUGGUCGUGGUCGGGAAGCAAGCUGGAGGCGUCAGUGUUGUCACCCAGGAGGGACUCUUCAGAUGUUCAAGGACUGGACGUGCUCGAAGGAUUCGACCUGGUUCUGCGUGCAACCAAUGGGUCAGAAACCAUCGAACUGGCGACGUAUUCGACCGAGUCGCAAGUGCGCAACGCUUUGGGACUGUUCAAGCCGCGAAGCAAGCCGGUUCCCAAACCGCUCCCGGAGGACGGUUCGAGCAUUGGGCCUAUCGUGCCACCGCCGGCUCGCGUGCUGCCGCUGGCGAUCCCCAUCCGAGGCGUGCCUGGACGUAUGGGUAGAAGAGAGCCGGUGAUGCCAAUGCGUGGCAUCCGAGGUGGACCGCUGCUGCGACCGCAAACGGGUGUAGGGGGCAGUCCACGUCAACAUGGACUGUGGCAGCAUCAGCGAGCGGCAAUUUCGAACGAGGUGGUGGUGCAGGUGCAUAACAAUGCCGUCAACAACGCGAGGGCCUCGCUCUUGCUCAAUGGAGGUAGAGCGGGAGGCAAUCCUCGGGCUGAGGCAGAGCCGAGUCGUGCAUCGGUAGAGGUGGCGAGGUCGUCGAUGGACGAGGCGAUGGGAAUGAAGAAGAUGGGUGUGCUCGCUUUUACUGCGAUCGGCUCGUUGGAUCGGGAUCUUGUCGUGCUUUCGCUGUUGGCUGUCAUGGGAUCGGUCAGGGUCUAG